AUGUGUUUAUCUGCUGCGUCGGUCCCUCCACCAGAAUGUUGUUCUUUCCUCGCCCUCCCGGCUCGGUUGGCUCCGUCCCGACGCCUCACCACGGCUGCUCCAGUACCGAGUGUUAGCACAGCAGCUCCUUUCUCCCACCUGGUGGAGGAACCGGAGGAGGAAGACGUCCUGGAACUGGACUAUGGGGACCAUGAAGAAGACACCUGGGACCUCCUCAUGUCAGAGGAUGAAGACGAGGACGAGCUCUUCAUCACUCCGGCUCGGGCUGCACCGCCCGCAGCCUCCGUGUCCUCUGGGGGUGGAGAUGUGAGCAGCAUCUGCCAGGAGCCCGGUCCCCGGGGCCUCGUCCUCCAGGAGCCCCGCCCUGCCGUCCAAGCUCUGAAGUCCAACCCCUCCCACCUGGAACAUCUGAAACAUCUGAAACAUCUGGACCUGAGCUGGAACUCCCUGCUGGAUUCAGGAGUGAAACAUCUGUGUGGUUUCCUGGAGAGUCCAGACUGCAGACUGGAGACUCUGAGCUUGCAGUGCUGCGGUCUGUCAGGGAUCAGCUGUUCUCCUCUGGUCUCAGCUCUGAAGUCCAACCCCUCCCACCUGAAACAUCUGGACCUGAGUAACAACUACGACCUGCAGGCUGCAGAUGUGCAGCAGCUGUCUGCUCUGCUGCAGAGUCCACACUACCAGCUGCAGACUCUCAGAACAAAGUGGAACCAAACAGACGACGGUGGAGCAGGUGUCUCCACCAACCUCCACCUCUCCCCUCGUCAAAAACCCUUGUCUAAAAGAGGGUGCAUAUUGAUGUAAUGCCCCCCUAGUGGGGCGUGGAGGUACUGCAGGGGGGGCGCGCCCCCCUAGUGGGGCGUGGAGGUACUGCAGGGGGGGUGCCCCCCCUAGUGGGGCGUGGAGGUACUGCAGGGGGGGAGGAAGACGGAGCGGAGCUGGAAACCAGACGGCUGCAUUGGGAUCGGGUCCCGCCGGGUCAAUGCGGGAUUGGGAUGGAGUCUAGCGACAAGGUGGAGAUCAAUGACGGGGAAAAUAAACCUCAAAGAAGAUCUUUACCAAACAAAGGAGAGGAAAGUCAGAUAUUUGGAGAAUAUCAAGAGACAACAGCUGGUUUGAGAAGAUCUGCAAGGGAAACAAGCACACACAAGUCACUGAUAGAGUGUGGAAUAGGAACGGAAUAGUCAUGUGAUUAUUUACAACCUGCAGUACAAAUAGGAGUUCAUGUCUAUUAAUAUAUGUUCAGAAAAUAAGUUCUAAAAAAAAAUGUAUACUCAGGGAGGAAUGUCUAGUUUCAAUUACUACUUAUUAUUGUUAGUAUCAUAAUUGUUGGUUGGUAUUUGUAUUGAAAAGUGCUAUACAAAUAAAGUUAUAUUAUUAUUAUUUUAUUUUAUUAUUCUAAUUAUUUCACAGUGUCACCGAAUCAUUUGCUAUUACAAGCACUUUUGUUCAUGUUCAAUU